GGCGGAACCAAAAUAACAACUCGUAUCCAACGUCGUAACUUGACAGUGUGACACCCAGCGGAAGUAAACAACGGAGUUAGCGGGGGAAAGAUGUCACGUUAGUCGUCUUCGCGGAGGUAAAACAACAAUGUCGUCAGUUGAGAACAUGAGAAACUUUGUCCACGAGCGGCUGACUGCUGCUGCGGAAGAAAUAUUCGGAGUUUUUGAAAAAACUAUCUUCGAGUACCAGGAAGAGGUCGACCGUCAGCGCAGACUGCUGGACAUCGUUUGGAAACCUGAAAUAAAGCUACGCAGAACAGAGCUCCCAAAGCAACAUGUCUGUAAGGAUGAGGAGGAGAAGGAAGAAGAGGUUCUCUCUGAGCAGCAGCUCUGUAUUCAGGAGAGGAGCUCCAGUCUGGACCAAGAGGACCCAGCGCCUCCACAGACCAAGGAACAAGAGGAACUCUGCACCAGUCCGGAGGGAAAGCAGCUUGAGCUGAAGCAGGAGAAGGAGACCUUCAUGUUGACUCCUACUCAUGAGGAAACGGACCACAGUGAGCCAGAACCCACAACUGAGCACCAGCUCGUAGCUGAGAGCCCAGAUCGUAAAGGAAGUGAGCAUGAAGACUCUGAAUCAACCAGAAAUCCAGAGCCAGAACCAAAGAAAAUAGAUCCCAAAAAUAGAAGUCACUGUGACGAUGAGAACUUGUUAAAGAUUCCCAAUGAUACUCAAAUCGGGAAAGCACUUUUCCAAUGUGAUACUUGUGGAAAAACAUUCAAGUGCAGGUCAGCUUUGUCUACACACCUGAGAACACACACAGAGCUCCCAGAGCAACAUGUCUGUAAGGAGGAGGAAGAAGAAGAGGUUCUCUCUAAGCAGCAGCUCUGUAUUCAGGAGAGGAGCUCCAGUCUGGACCAAGAGGACCCAGCGCCUCCACAGACCAAAAAGGAACAAGAGGAACUCUGCACCAGUCCGGAGGGAAAGCAGCUUGAGCUGAAGCAGGAGAAGGAGACCUUCAUGUUGACUCCUACUCAUGAGGAAACGGACCACAGUGAGCCAGAACCCACAACUGAGCACCAGCUCGUAGCUGAGAGCCCAGAUCGUAAAGGAAGUGAGCAUGAAGACUCUGAAUCAACCAGAAAUCCAGAGCCAGAACCAAAGAAAAUAGAUCCCAAAAAUAGAAGUCACUGUGACGAUGAGAACUUGUUAAAGAUUCCCAAUGAUACUCAAAUCGGGAAAGCACUUUUCCAAUGUGAUACUUGUGGAAAAACAUUCAAGUGCAGGUCAGCUUUGUCUACACACCUGAGAACACACACAGAGCUCCCAGAGCAACAUGUCUGUAAGGAUGAGGAGGAGGAGGAAGAAGAGGUUCUCUGAGCAGCCGCUCUGUAUUCAGGAGAGGAGCUCCAGUCUGGACCAAGAGGACCCAGCGCCUCCACAGACCAAAAAGGAACAAGAGGAA